AUGUUCUAUGAUGUAGUGGUCAACGUCAAAAAUCAGAGUUUUAAGGCACACAAAGUUAUCUUAUCUUGCUUCAGCAAAUACUUCGCGGAUUCUUUUAUUGUGUCCUCGGGAAAAACAAAGCACCCAUUAGAGAUCAAAUUGAACGGAAUUACCUCAAACGCUUUUAAGAUAUUCUUGGAGUUUGUCUAUUCUGGAGUCUUAGAGAUGAAGCCUGAAAUUAUUGGAGAACUAGCUCUUGCCGCCGAAUUUUUGGAGAUCAACUGUCUUAAAGAAAAAACAAUGGAGUUCAUGAACUCUAUUACCCCGGAUCAGGCCUUGGUUGUCAUAGAAACAGGAAGCAUCCCUUGCACCAGCGAAAUAUUCAAGACCUCAUACGAAACUGUGAUGGAACAUUUCGGCGAAUGUUACGAUACGAACGCAUUCAACUAUCUGAGUUUGGACAACGUCUGCGCCAUUCUUCGCGAUGAUCGUUUGGUGAUCUUCACAGAGAUGGACGUAUUCUGGGCAGGACUGAAAUGGAUUGCCUUUCAUAUGAACGAAAGAUCGCCGUUUCUGAACAAAGUCAUGGAGUGUGUUCGAUUCCCGUACCUAACCCAAGCUGAAAUCUUCAAGUGUCUGGAAACAACCGAUCUACUCAGAACCUCAGAUAAAUGCAAAGAAAUUUUGAUUCAUGCCAAUUGGGAAGCGUUUUCGUGCGAGGUUUACGAUCCCAUAGAACCAGAGAAAGAGCCGGAGAAGACGCCAGAUGAGACGGAACCCAAAUUUGUCCCAUCUUUAUAUUAUAUAAUUUACUAUCAAUUCUUCAUUUCAGCCGAUAAACAGAUGCAGAGAUACAGUGCUAAAGCGGAGCAGUGGAGAUUCUUUGGCCAACUUCCGGCCCCCCGCCAUCACCAUGCUGUCGCUCUUCUGGGUGGAAGUAUUUACCUAGCGGGUAAGCGAAAUAUGUUUAUGCGAAAUGAAACAGCAACGAAGGCUGUGUUCCAGUACGAUCCUGAACAGAAAUCCUGGAAGCUCUGUGGUCCCAUGAACUCCUGCCGCAUGUUCUUCAAAUUGAUCGCCUUAUAUGGUAUGCUUUAUGCCAUAGCUGGUGAGGAUGACAGACAUCAAAUUCUGGCGAGUGCUGAAUGUUACAACCCCAAAACAAAUGGCUGGAUAUAUGUCAGCUCCAUGCAUUGGCCGAGGAAGGGAUUUGCAGCAACUGCUUGUGAAGGGAAAAUCUAUGUCGCUGGAGGUCAUGGAGAAUCUGUGGGUAAAAAGGUUGCUUUGCCGAUCCUGCAGUCUGUGGAAUCAUUCGAUCCUCGCAGUAAUCAGUAA